GAGGAGCUAAGGCCGCUGCCAAGCCCCCCCCCGCCCCUCCAUCGUAUUCACACGCUACACACCGUACCCCGCGACCGGGAGGGGAGGGUGAGGCUGUUCCCCACCCCCAGCGCGCGGACCCGAGAUGCCGCUCUUCGCCACCAACCCCUUUGACCAGGAUGUGGAGAAAGCAACCAGUGAGAUGAAUACUGCAGAGGACUGGGGCCUCAUCUUAGAUAUUUGUGAUAAAGUUGGACAGUCGCGCACAGGGCCUAAGGAUUGCCUUCGGUCUAUUAUGAAGAGAGUGAACCAUAAGGAUCCUCAUGUUGCUAUGCAAGCACUGACACUUCUAGGAGCAUGCGUAUCAAACUGUGGUAAAAUCUUUCAUUUAGAAGUGUGUUCGAGAGAUUUUGCUAGUGAAGUAAGCAACGUAUUGAAUAAGGGUCAUCCAAAAGUCUGUGAAAAGCUAAAAGCCCUCAUGGUGGAAUGGACAGAUGAAUUCAAGAACGACCCACAGCUUAGUCUAAUAUCUGCCAUGAUAAAAAAUCUUAAGGAACAAGGAGUUACAUUUCCAGCUGUUGGUUCACAGGCUGCAGAACAAGCAAAGGCAAGCCCAGCUCUAGUAGCCAAAGAUCCUGGUACGGCAGCUAACAAAAAGGAAGAGGAAGAUUUAGCAAAAGCCAUUGAAUUGUCCUUAAAAGAACAAAGGCCACAGCAAACAACACUUUCCAGUUUGUAUCCGAGCACGUCAAGUCUCUUAACGAAUCACAAACAUGAGGGCCGAAAGGUUCGCGCAAUCUAUGAUUUUGAAGCUGCUGAAGAUAAUGAAUUAACAUUUAAAGCCGGAGAACUUAUAACUGUACUUGAUGACAGUGAUUCAAACUGGUGGAAAGGUGAAACUCACCAAGGAAUAGGAUUAUUUCCCUCUAAUUUUGUAACAGCUGACCUUACUGCUGAACCAGAAAUGAUGAAAACGGAGAAGAAAACAGUACAGUUCAGUGAUGAAGUUCAAGUAGAGACAAUAGAACCUGAGCCUGAACCAGUUUAUAUUGAUGAAGAUAAAAUGGACCAACUGUUACAGAUGUUACAAAGUGCAGAUCCAACUGAUGAUCAGCCAGACCUCCCAGAGCUGCUUCAUCUUGAAGCAAUAUGCCACCAAAUGGGACCUCUCAUUGAUGAAAAGCUGGAAGAUAUUGACAGGAAACAUUCAGAACUUUCAGAGCUCAAUGUUAAGGUCAUGGAGGCUCUUUCAUUAUAUAACAAGUUGAUGAACGAAGAUCCAAUGUAUUCCAUGUAUGCAAAACUACCAAACCAACAUUAUUAUAUGCAGUCUUCUGGUGUUUCUGGCUCUCAGGUUUACCCAGGGCAGCCUCAAAGUAGUACAUAUUUGGUGGCAGGGAGUGCGCAAAUGGGCCAUAUUCAAGGCUAUAAUCUUCCCCAAGAGCAACUUCCUUCUCUCAACCAAGGCACGGUUCCUCAAUCGGCAAGUUCAGGACUGCCUAGUCAGCAAGCUCAGACAUCUUAUGCUAAUGCAAUGGUCAGCUCUGUUCCUGGAAGCACAUAUUCCAACCAGGCUUCAAUGUACAGUCCACCUCCUGCUGCUGUUGAUGUUGCUGCUUACCAGAAUGCUGGAACUAAUGUGUCCCAGGUGCCAAACUAUAACUUAGCAUCUUCAUCUCUGCCUCCACCAGCAGGCAGUCAACAGCCGCCGCCGCCACAACCACAUACUUACUCCCAGAAGGCACUACUAUAGGACCCAGGACUUCUGAUUCCUAAUCUUCUCUAACCUCUGCUAAAUGCAGUUGACAAUGUUAUAAGCUUCUUCCUUUAAUCUCUUAAACAUUGUUUAUCCUCAGUUUAAUAGGAAUCUACCCUGGUGAACAGGUUCAAUGAUUCAAUUUGCACUGACUUUUUAGGAUUUUUUUUAAUUUUGCAGCGGAACAAAAAUAUUUAGGACACUUAAUUCCUUUUAAAAGGCCUAAAAUUGGUACAAGAUUAUUUAUGUCUGGUAAAAUUGGCUAAUCUGUGAAAACUCAACUUGCAAACUUUUGUGGCAUAAAUGUUAUGUACAUAAUAGUGUGUGAUUGCAAUAGUGGCCAUUUGAAAUAGCUAUGGUGAUCAUGUGAAUAUAUUUAACACCCUGUUAAAAUAUUUUACAUUACUAUUUUAUUUUAAUCAUGUUUCAUAGUUGUACCUUGUUUUGUAAAGGAUUUUAUAUCCUUUUGCAAUGCAAGAAAAGGCUUAAAUCUGCAUAUCAUAGUUACUAUUUACAUGCUAAGGUCUAUGUUAAUUUCCAGACUUAACUACGUGUAGGUUUUAUUCAUUGUGAAUUGAACUUAAGUAUACCUUGACUUCCUGUAAUCUGCAGUACUAUUAGCUGGCAUUAUCUACCAAAGUAAACUAGUUAACAUUUUAAAUGAUCUGGCGAGGUCACAGCAAAUGAUGAUUCUGUUUUAGAAUAAUAAUUAUUUAAAACACUUAUUUACAGGCUGCUAAACAUAUCAUGGGACCAUGAAACUGAUCAGAAUCUUACAACUUAUUGUUUAAAGCAUAUAAUGAUGUACUUUUCCAUAGUAGCAUUGUAUAACUAGGGUUCUGAACUGUAUUGUGUGUGUUUUGGUGAAGAGUACACCAAAGACAGAGAAACUGAGUUUGGAUGGGAAUGAAUGGAAUUUUUAAACUGGAACAAAAACAUGAAUACACUACAUUAUUCAUGACUCUUGUAAUUAUUUAGAUUACGCAUGAAGAACUGUGGACAGAUAUAGUCACUUAGCUGAGUAAACCUUUACAUUUUUAUUUUAACUCUUGUGGCCCUGCUUAGCAAAAUUGUUCUGUGUACUUUUAUUACACAACACAGUUCAGCCUUAAUCCAACAUCUCUUCUUAAUUUCCUAAUUUUUAGUUGUCUGAUGCCUUGUCGUUUUUUUAAUACCUUCCCUAGUAUGAAUAGUUUCUCAUUUCACUUUCUCAAAACUCUUCAUAAUUUGGUUAAAAUUUUAGAUCAUUUUACAUUCUGUUCUGCAGUGAUGUAAACUUAAACAGGUUGUCCUGUCUCUCACUCUUUGGGGCAUGAAACUCUCUGUAUGCCACUCCAUAAACUCAGUGAAAGGGUAACAAUAACCAAAUGAAUAAUUUUAGAGGGAUCUAAUCAAUGCAUCUUGUACAAAAGUAUGUUUGUUUUGAUUUGUAUUCUAUUUCUGUUGAUGCAUCCUAGCAUCCUCUUUGCCUUUUUUUUAAUGCAGCCCAUUUUGAGUAGGUAGCUUUAUAGAUCUCUCAAUAUAAAACCCACAUUCUGGUUUUGGUUACCAUACAUGCGAUAACUGGUUAAUUUAAUAUUUAUUUUCCAUUUUAAUGUAUUACUUAUGUUUCUUGUACAUAUGUUACUGCUCAGUUACCUUGACUAUCCAGUACUUUCUGAAUCUGUUUGCAGUGUUCAUAGUUAUUUGCCAUGUAUUUAGGUUUGCUAUCAUUAGCAAACAUUGGUCUGUAUCUUGCCUGUGAAUGCUGUCAACCAAAUAGAUUGCAUAAAUACUAAACAAGAUGGUUGCAAACCCCAACCUACUGCAUUGCAGCUUAAUGGUAUUCUUUUCAGCUAGUGAAACUACUAUAUUUAGCUAUUUCUUAUAUUUUCUCUCCAACAAUCUAAUUAUCCCCAUAAGUCAUGACGACUUAGUAUAGCCAGGUAUGUUUGUGGGAUUUAAGGGGGAACAUAAAACAAUGUCUUGGAAUCUUUUCUACCUUACAGUGGUUUAUUUCUUUAUGAAGGCCUGCAACUAGGAUUAUGGGCUAUCCUCUGUGUGUACUGGACAAUUUAUUCCAAAAGGAGAGAAAUAACUUGGAUGGAGAGGAGUAGAAUUUCUACACAAACAAAAAAACCCUUCUAAUUCAUGUUUCCUUAGGCCCUGAUUCAAGAACAUAUUUAAGUAAGCCUAUGCCUUAUUUUAACCAUGAAGGUAGUUCCACUGAAGUCGGUGGAACUGCUCAUAUGCUUAAAGUUAGGCAAAUGCUUAAGUACCUUCCUAAAUAAAGGCCUAAGGCUUUUGUAACUACUAAGCAUCAGUGGAAUUCUGUACGGCCCAACAAAACUAGAUUUUUAUUAUGGCUCUUGCUGAUAACUGAUACUAUUCUUUUUUCAUAAAAUCUGUAGCACAUCUGGCAUCUUUUGUCUUUUUUUCCCUUCUCAA